GCCGGCAGCAGGAAUCAUGACGACCUCAGGAAAAGAGAAUUUCCGGCUGAAGAGCUACAAGAACAAAUCUCUGAACCCUGACGAGAUGCGUCGCAGGCGGGAGGAAGAGGGUCUUCAGCUACGGAAGCAAAAGAGAGAGGAGCAGUUGUUUAAACGCCGAAAUGUUGCAACAGCUGAGGAGGAAACAGAGGAGGAAGUGAUGUCAGAUGGGGGCUUCCAUGAGGCUCAGAUGAACAACAUGGAGAUGACUUCUAGUGCAGUCAUCACUGCGGAUAUGAUUGAGAUGAUUUUCUCCAAUAGUCCAGAACAGCAGCUCUCAGCCACCCAGAAGUUCCGAAAGCUGCUUUCUAAAGAACCAAAUCCUCCAAUAGAUGAAGUCAUAAGCACACAAGGAGUGGUGGCCAGGUUUGUGGAGUUCCUGAAGCGAAAAGAAAACUGUACAUUGCAGUUUGAAGCUGCAUGGGUGCUGACAAAUAUUGCCUCGGGAAAUUCCCUUCAGACUCGAAUAGUGAUCCAAGCUGGAGCUGUCCCCAUCUUCAUAGAGCUGCUUAGUUCAGAGUUUGAAGAUGUUCAGGAACAGGCAGUAUGGGCUCUUGGCAACAUUGCUGGAGACAGCACUAUGUGCAGAGACUAUGUUUUGGACUGUAAUAUCUUGCCCCCUUUAUUGCAAUUGCUUUCAAAACAGAAUCGUCUCACUAUGACCCGAAAUGCUGUAUGGGCUCUGUCCAACCUCUGCAGAGGGAAAAAUCCUCCUCCUGAUUUUGCCAAGGUUUCACCUUGUCUUAGUGUGCUUUCCUGGCUGCUCUUUGUCAAUGAUACAGAUGUAUUAGCUGAUGCCUGCUGGGCUUUGUCCUAUUUGUCUGAUGGCCCCAAUGAUAAAAUUCAGGCUGUGAUUGAUGCAGGAGUCUGCAGAAGACUUGUGGAACUGCUGAUGCACAAUGACUACAAAGUUGUAUCUCCUGCCUUACGAGCUGUGGGAAACAUCGUUACAGGAGAUGAUAUCCAGACCCAGGUAAUUCUGAAUUGUUCAGCCCUGCAGAGUUUGCUGCACUUGCUAAGCAGCCCAAAAGAAUCCAUCAAAAAGGAAGCAUGCUGGACAAUAUCUAAUAUAACAGCUGGAAACAAAGCCCAGAUCCAGACAGUCAUAGAUGCCCAUAUCUUCCCAGCUCUUAUAAAUAUUUUGCAAACGGCUGAGUUUCGGACAAGGAAGGAAGCUGCUUGGGCAAUCACAAACGCGACAUCGGGAGGCUCUGCCGAACAGAUCAAGUAUUUAGUAGAACUAGGAUGCAUCAAACCACUCUGCGACCUCCUUACAGUAAUGGACUCCAAGAUUGUGCAAGUAGCACUCAAUGGGCUGGAGAACAUCCUGAGGCUUGGAGAGCAGGAAUCCAAAUGCAGUGACACUGGCAUUAAUCCUUACUGCGCUCUUAUUGAAGAAGCAUAUGGCCUGGACAAGAUUGAAUUCCUGCAGAGCCAUGAGAAUCAAGAGAUUUAUCAGAAGGCCUUUGAUCUGAUUGAGCACUACUUUGGAACAGAGGAUGAAGACAGCAGCAUUGCCCCACAAGUGGAUAUCAAUCAGCAACAGUACAUCUUCCAGCAGUGUGAGGCUCCCAUGGAAGGCUUCCAGCUUUGAGGUGCCCCUGUGCUGUGUGCUCUUCUACCUAGCCAAUCCUGUUGUCGAGCCACAAGCCACCCGUGGAGUGAUUCUCUCAAUGUUUUCCAUAACCCUGUUUGCGCUCAUUCGCUUGCCUUGUGCACAUGCUCUUACAUAUGUCUGGAAAACUUUUGGCUCUCUGUGGCAGGAUGCCCCCUCCUUGGCAAGGGGUCACCAGAAUCACCCUUCUCCUCUAGAUUCUGAAUCUCUCCACUGUCAUCUUUGUGGAGUUGAGGCACCUCUCUAUACUUUGAGAUAUUCCCUGUUCCUAUUACAGGAAAGUAAUCCCUCCUCCACUUGGCACUCCUGGCCUCCACCCCCACUCCUGGAAUCCAAGAGAAGGCUGCCUUUCUCUUGUAUUUGCUGCAGAGUGUGCCUGCAGUCCAGGGAGACAUUCAGCCUUUCUGAGAACGUAGCUGAAUUCAUCCCUCAUGUUCUCCUCUGGAUGCCUCUUUGGAUGGCUGUGAGAAAUGAGUCAAACCUCUGCACGCGAUCUAUCUACCUUGCUGUAUGUGCCAGCUGGGGUUAUUGGCAUGAGGAACAUGUUACAAACAAUGGAAGUAAGUUCUCUAUCCCCUGCAACAACAGGCUGAAAUGGACAUGUUUUGUGGUUCUUAGGAAUACUGAACACAUCUGGCCCCAUCCCGUCUCAACACUGAGCUCCCAAGUUGGAUUGCAGACCACUGUGGAGAUUUGUAUACCUUCCCAGUUUUUCCUCUCCAUACACAGAAAAAAGAACCUGUGAAUAGGUCACAACACCUCCCCAGAAAUGACUUUCCAAAACAGCUUCUAGAAUGGAGAAACUGCCCCCACUUCUGCUUGACAGCACAGUAUGAUCCAGCGGGCUUUCCUUAAAAAUGAAGCCCUUUCUGGCUCCAUGCUCCAGAGUCUGGUCCCUGGUAUUCUAGUUAUGGCUGAAAAGUUCCUGUCUGCCUCUUUACAUUUUUACACAGCAUGACUUGAACAGAUUUGUCUUCUGAAAAGUUAACUUCUGAAUACAGAAAUCGUAAUUUCUAAAACUUGGCACAAGGAGUGUUAGAUCUCCUUUUCAUCUUCAUGAGACAAGAGCUUCCUCUCCAGCUCACCUGAUGGAAUAUAGUCCUCCUGGUCAAGGCCCUUAUUUAAAUAAAAUGACACUACAUUUGCAGGAUAGUACUAUUAGAUCUGGAUCCACCUGGCCCUCUCAUUUCACUUUCCUCUUUCACUGUUUAUGAGACUUCAGGUGAAUUAGCAUGGAACGCAUGGUUCCUCCAGGUGACAUCUGUAAGGCAUCGUUGACUGCAUGGCAGCUGCUGCACGCAGCUGGAGACUGCCCUUCUCCUAGCAGCAUGUUCUUGGCUCUGCAACCUGCUUGGAUCACAGACCUCUGAUGCAAAAGGCCAGCCACUCCUCACUGAGUUCAGCUGACAUUGACACCAAACUCUUCACACAACUGGGGAGAUACUGCCUGAUUGAAAGUGACGGUUCCGUUUUUGAGAAUGCAAUGGAUUUCCUAGACUGCCUGCUCUCCCCUGCAUCGGGCUGUGUUCUUUCAAGCCAUUUUGGAUGCUUGGAACACACAUUUGUCCAGUGUAAACAUUUCAAAAUCGCCACCGGCAACUGCAGCGUCAUGUACCUGUGGUAAAUGUUCGUGGUAGAACUGUCUUCAAGAUCCUCAUGACUCCUUUCAGUGAUAAGCCACUGCAAAAGCAAAACCAGCCCAUUGGAUACAGAGUUAUAAAAACACACAAGUCACUUGUCAUACUGCUGAAAGAAGCUAGGCAAAGGCCCGAACAUCAGCUCUGUGUGACCAUUAUUUAAAUAAAGUCUUCUGUCUCUGCUUCAGGAUGGAGACUCUGACCUGUGUGGCCACUGCAGAAGCCACCUGCUGCCUCCCUAGCUAAGCCAGUUGGCCUCCACUUUCCCUCUCCCAGUUAAUUUCUCUAGUGCUGCUUUGUGCUGAAGGAACAUUUAGUUUACUGCACUUGAUCUGUAAAUGGACUUCAAUUCUUUGUAAUUUUAGGGGGUUCAAUUUGGUGGUUAAUUUAAAAAAAGCAAAAAACCCCUCAAUGUUGCCUUUACAUCACAUAUAAAUAACUGUGUUUCUCUUUUCUUGAAGGGUGAUAGAAGCACUGAUUAGUAGCAAAAUCUUGUUUUAGCUUUUGGAUUUUUUUGUGCUGGAUUUUUUUACGUGUAAAUUUCCAAUAACAUGUCAUUUCUAUAAGAUUUGUUUAAAACCAUGUACCUCUUAUUGGAUGGUAUAAAAAUGCUACAUAUUUUGUAAACAAAUCUGAGCAAAGUGUGUGUGCAUAUAUUCUGUAUAUUCAUAUAUGUAUAUUCUGUGUAUAUAUACACUAGCGUGUAUAUAUACAUAUAUACACACACACACAUAUAUAUACACACAUGCAUAAAGUGUGUGUAUAUAUAUACACAUACCUAUAUAUCUAUAUAUAUAAGUGUUUUCUCUUCCAGGCUAGUGAAAACAAUGUGGUGCAUUGGCGUUUCCCUCCCCUGCCCCCCAAGAAAGUACUGACAUUCGCCUCUAAAUGAGUGAAUUAA